AUCCCACAUAAUGUUAUUUUGAUUGAUUUAUAAAAAAUGUAACAGAAUCAAAUAUUAUGUAUAUAUUAAUAUAAUUUAAGCGUAAAUAAUACAUAUUCUUUUUACAUAUUUAUUGUUUAGUUAAAUUAAAAAAAAUGAGUGAAAAUCAAACGGAUAAUUGCUGUGGGUGUUUGUGCAGUUCAGAUGAAAGAUCUAUAACAAAACUGUCUAUUGAAAACGGAUUUCUGCAUAACGUAUUACAGGUUGAUUCCAUAUUAUUAUGCUAUCUAUGCAAGAUACAAGCAAAAAAAGCAGAUCUAUUUGUGCAAAAUAUACAAAGCAAUCAAAUUUUACUCGAGAACUACCACAGUAUUAAUAAUUUAUCUGAAGACUUAAGGAAGUAUGUAAGACCUAUAGUUAAUUUAAGCUACGUAACACUAAAUGCUAUUGAAUUAAACGAGGACAGUGGCUCUGCAGAAGAAACUUUUGUUAUACUAAACAGUAGAAAUGGUGACACUAAAAUCAAAAUGGAAAUGAAGGAGGAAGAAACAGACACUUGUGAUGAGGAUUUUAUUCCACCUGAUGAAGAAUGCCAAGAUCGAGAUUGCAAAGAGGAAACAUUUCCACUCAACGAACUCCUGAAAGCGGAAUUAGAAGUUGAAGAGAUUGAUCUUUUGAGCUUAAAGAAAUCUCUAGUAGCUAACAAAUUGAAAAAAAGAAAAAAAGUAAAUAAAAGUCACACUAAGGCACAAUUGAUCCAAAAAAUAUAUUUAACCAAGAAGCAGUGUGUAGCAGAAAGGGAAAGAAUGGCACAGGAUGUAAAAUAUCUGGACAGUCCAUACAAAUGUGUUGAUUGUUUUAAGGGAUUUGACUAUAAGCCAAGUUUCUACAAACAUAUGGAAAGACAUAAUGAGGAUAUAGGGAAUUAUGUGUGUGACGUGUGCAAACAGCGCACGAACUCAGAGAAAAAACUGGCUAAUCAUAAGAAAUAUCAUACUGUUCGCUACAAAUGUACUGAAUGCGAUUUGACCCGGGUCAGUUAUGCGGCUGUAAAAUAUCACUACAACGUGUUCCAUUCUCUUGGAUACUACCAAUAUAACUGUACCCACUGUUCGAAGAUUUUCAAGAGUGAAAUAACCUUAAGGAAACACAUAUGGUAUGCCCACAAGACCCGGGAACGUGUUAUAUGUGAUCAUUGUCAUCAGAGCUACGUCAACAAAGAGGUCUUGAAGGCGCAUAUGAUGAGACGGCACAUACAGCAGGUGUCGGUGGCGGGGAGGUGCGAGCGCUUCGUGUGCCAGGACUGCGGGGAGGCCUUCAGGACGCCCUCGCAGCUGAAGACGCACGGCAUCAAGCACUGGCAGUGCAAGAACUACUACUGCGUCGAGUGCGACAAAAGUUUCAAAUCGCCUUAUUCGUUGAAGACUCAUUUACGAACGUCCUCAUCGCAUGUCAAAUACAAAGAGUUACCAUUAAAAUGUCUACAUUGCGAGAAACGUUUUGCGGUCAAACGAGAUUUGGAGCAGCACACGAACCGGAUACACCUGAACAUCAGGCCGUUCAAGUGCGACCGCUGCGACAAGGCGUACGUGAGCUCUUCCUCGCUUAAGGAGCACAUCCGGAUGACGCACGAGGGGUACAAGCGACCCCUCAAGUACCCCUGUCCGACUUGUCACAAAGUAUUCGAUCGUAAUCAGAUACUGAAGACUCACAUUCGCACGCACACCGGCGAGCGCCCCUACCGCUGCGGCAAGUGCCCGGCGCAGUUCAGCCAGGCCGGCGUGCUCGCCACGCACAACAAGCUCGUGCACCUCAAGCUCACCAGGGACGGGAGACCGAAGCCCGCGCCACCCAAAUAAACUAUGCGGAAGCAA